AGCGAACUUGUUUUUGAGCGUUUGGUGUUUCUUCCCCCAAGCCAGCCUGGCCACCCUACUCCCAAGAGAUCUAAACUGGUCACUUAGAGCGCUCAGAAGGCAAACCAUACAGAUUUGGAGAAAGGCUACCUGAGGACCAGCUUAAUGCCCAAUCCCAAGCCACACCAAAUCCCAGUAGCCUCUUCUUCCAUGGCUUCCUCCAGCCUCGUGGCUCACAUGAAGGACACAGAACUGGUAACCAGAGGGGCCUUGGAGUUUCCAGGUUGGGAGGCUGGGCCUCCCCCCCGAGGGGGACCCACUGGGACAAGUGCCUUAUCACCACAGUUGCCAACAGGCCCCAUGGUGAUGGUGGCCCCAUCAGGUGGGCGGCUCAGUACAUCGCCGCACCCCCAGGCCCUGCUUCAGGAGAAGCAGCAUUUUGUACACCAGCUCACCUCUGCUGAGGUCCUCGGCCGGCCCCCACUGGUACACAUGACGCCACUGAGCACCCCUGCCCUGAUCAACCUGCCUUCACCUCCUGGAGUCAUCACCCUCAAGACCAGACCCGCCCAGCUGCAUGGCCUUCCUCCUGGGAUCAACCUUGCCAACCUUGAAUGGUUGCCCAAGGAGCCAGCCAACAUGCUGACAACUUACCUCUGUACCUUUCCCACUGGGCCCAGCCCUGGGGAUGCCUCUGCUUUCCGGCUUGGCCCCAAGAAGGAGAGCAUCCUCCAGACCUGCGCACUGGACAGUUCCCGGAGUUGCUGGUGGCCUGGUUGUGAAAAGGUCUUCCCGGAGUCAGGGGAGCUCUUGAAACACCUCCAAGAGGACCAUCGCUUAGAUGAGAAGGGGAAGGCCCAGUGUCUCAUCCAGAAAGAGGUGGUACAAAACCUGGAGCACAAGCUACUCCUAGAGAAAGAGAAGCUAGGCGCCAUGCAAGCCCACCUGUCUGGGAAGCUGGCGCUGAUGAAGCCUCUGGCUAUGAGCCCUUCCACAGAGAAGGCGACCUACUGUCCAUCAGGGAGCCUGGGCCCCAGCUGGUCAGCCUGGCCAGCAUCCCCAGAGGAAGAGAAAGAAGCAAGGCUCCCAGGGCGGGGCCUCUUCGCGGUCAGGAGGCACCUGUGGGGUAGCCAGAUGUCCCCGGAAUUUGUCCAUAACCUGGAAUACUUCCGAUCCCACAAUCUGCGGCCACCCUUUACCUACGCUACUCUUAUCCGCUGGGCCAUACUGGAAGCCCCUGAGAAACAGCGAACACUCAAUGAGAUCUACCACUGGUUCACCCACACGUUUGCCUUCUUCCGGACCCACCCAGCCACCUGGAAGAAUGCCAUUCGCCACAACUUGAGUCUGCAUAAAUGCUUCGUGCGGGUGGAGAAUGAGAAAGGGGCAGUGUGGACUGUGGACGAGUUUGAAUUCCGAAAGAAGAGAAGUCCAAGGCCCAGCAGAGACCAAGACCUGAAACGCCUGCUGUCCUGCACCCCACUGGCUGUGACGGAGGCCUGGCUCCCUCUGCCUCCCAGUUGACCAGCCACACCCGAGCCUGGCUGCUGAAGGAACCAUUUUUAUUGGUUGUGUCCGCCCCCCCCCCCCCAUGAAGGAGGGCCUUGGUCUCCUUCCACCAAUAAAGGCCCUGUGGCUGAACCA